AUGAAAAUUAAGACUGGUAAGAGAGUCAUUCUUUCUAUCUAUUUAUCUAUCUAUCUAUCUAUCUAUAUGUCCAAUUUCAAAUUUGUAUCUAUGUAUGCAUUAAAAGAAUUUUAUUCUAUUCUAUCUUCUUAUCUAUCUAUCUAUUUUAAAUUAUCUAUCUAUCUAUCUAUGUUUUCAUCUAUCUAUCUAUCCUUUAUCUAUUUAUCUAUCUAUUUUUAUAUUUUUUAUCUAUCUUUUCUUCUAUCUAUUAUCUAUCUAAUAAUUCAUCAUCUUUUUUGUAAAAUUCUUUCCAUUUUAUUUAAUUUUAGUGUAAAAUAUAGCAGAUUCAAAUUAGCAUAUUGUUUUCUAUUUAUCUAUCUAUCUAUCUAUCGUGUCUAUUUAACCUCUUAUUUCAUUUAUCUAUUAAUCUAUUCAUUCUUUGUUCUUGGAAUGCAUAUCUAUUUAUUAUUAAAAGAUCUAUCUAUCUAUCUAUCUAUCUAUCUUUAUAAAUCUCCAAUUUAA